AUGGCGAGCGUUGCGGGCGGCAACCUCCCCUACAUGCAUCGACCAAGGCCGGCGCUGGCGUGGGCGGAGGCACCCAGCGCCACGCCCGCGCCGAGGCAGCCCUCGACUCCCAAGCCGGCCCGCGGGCGCCCCCACGGCGGCGGCGGCCACGGGAUCCCCCUGGUCCGCAGGCCGCGCGGGCUCCCGUGGCCCGAGGACGGGAUCCCCCUGGUCCGCAGGCCGCGCGGGCUCCCGUGGCCCGAGGCCGCGGCAUCCUGGCCUCUCGGAGACCGCCCCGCGGUGUGGAGGCGGCUCGUCGCGGACCGAGAGGCCGCCCCCGAGCCCCGCGCGGGCGACGGGACUUCGGUCGGGCGCGUCGCCGAGGCUUUCAAGGUUCCCAUGUUGCCCGAGAUGGGGCCAGCCUCAACCAGUAAAGAAGCCAUGAGCGACCAGUCGAGCGACAUCGGGUCGGAGAGCAUCUCCCGCAGGCCGACCGACCUCGACGAGCGCCAGAGGAGCGGCCGCGGAGGCGCGCCCGCAGGCGCCGCGCCCGAAGAGGGCCCCCUGCCGAAGGCCGGGCGGUGCUGGCAGGGCCCCGCCCACGGCCCGCCGACGGCCUGCCCGGAGGCCCCGCCGGAGGGCCCCGCCCGGAGGCGCGGCCCGGCCGGCGGCCCCGACGAAGGCGGCGACCGCCAGACCCCGGAGGAGCUCGGCUUCUCCGACACGGGUGAUUCUGACGACGCCCAGAGCUACGGCAAGUCUCAGUUCGGCGAGGACUUCUGCAUCGACAUUGGCGCGAAGGGCUUCCCGAUCCCCACGCUCCAGAUGCUCAAGGCGGCCAACUGGGACGCGGCGACGUACUUCGCGCAGCUGCAGGGCGCGGGGUACGCCGAGGACGCCCUGCAGAUGACGGCCCCCGACGCGGCCAUUCUGAAGUCGGACUGCAUGAAGGAGCGCGCCCACGGCAGGACGAAGCACAUCUUCGUGGGCGAUUCGCAGAUGAUGUCCCUCCGCAACGCGUUCCACCGCCUCAACAAGUGCCCCGAGGUAUGGUGGUCCAACCAUUCUGCGCAGGACAUCGAGGACCUGCUGGGGACGGUGAAGAGGAACCAGAAGUUCUCAUCGAAGACCAGGAGUAAGGCCCGCUUCGCCUCCCGUGCCGAGCAGUCUCCGGACACCAAGGAGCUGCCCCGUGGCUGUUCGGAGGAGGGCAUCGCGUCGUUCAUCCAGUGGGAUGGCUGGGUCAGCCACCAGCUGCCCGUGAAGGAGAUCAAGAAGGAGAUGGAGCUGGUCGGUGUGGACCCCGUCGAGGGGGACAACGUCGUCGUCUGGGUCGGGUCGAACUUCCUGACGAAGAACCACCGGAUGGGCGCCCUGCUCCAGUCUAUCAAUGCGCUCCACGAGCUGAAGGUCAAGAUGGUGUGGGACUCGCCGACCUUCCACGACGAGGCCAUUAUGGCCGCUACGACGACCCACAACUCUGGAGUCGACGCUCGCACCAAAACACCCAUCGUAUACAACGACAUCGCUCAGAGGAAGAAGAGCGGGCGCAUGGGUUCCAAUGAGUACCGUACCGAGAAGGAGCUCUACGCGCAGGGCAUCGAGGUUCCCACCACGAAGCGGUGGCAGAUCACCAACCGCUACCGCGGGCUCCAGUGCGACGGUAUCCACACAGACAUGCGUGCCAGGGACCCCCUGUACUACGACAUGCCCUGCCCCAUGGGGGAGCAGGCGUACGGCCAGUCCGCCUACUGCACCUGGGUGGAGCCGUUCAAGAAGGAGCUGAGCAGCAUCUGCCCGUACGCCUACGGGCUGGACGACAUGGUUCUCCAGAGCGGCCUCUAUUCCAUGUGCGCUGCGCACGAGAAGCCCUUCUGCUACUCGUACACCGAGCACAUCCGCUGA